AGGUCUGGACAAGAGAGGAGGACUUUUACUUAGUUGAAGAUUUAGGGUUCGUGUCCAUGUGCAGCAUGAGAGAGCUGGUAAUAUUAGCAGCUUUGGUCUCGGCUCUACACGCGGCCAGCCUCCCGACAGACACUGAUGUGGUAUACAAGUGCCAAGAAGAUCAGGACAACAUUGCUAUAUUAGCAGCCGAGCGGUUCAUUAAUGACCAUCACCACCAUGGAUACAAAUUCAAAUUUGUCUCACUGGACAGUCGCAGAGCAGAUGAGAAGACUGAUCUUUGUGAGGUCAUCUUGGGAAUAACUCUAGAGGAAACUGAAUGCCACAUUGUGAAUCCCAAACCUUUAGAUCAGUGUACCACUAGAAUGGAAGCAGAGACGAAAGUGACAGCAAAAUGUAAUGUGACCGUGUUAAGUUUUGAGGGAAAAGCAGUUGUGGCGUGCUACAUCUGUGACACCAAACCAGAUUCAUAUGAAAUACUUAUGACAAAAUGCCCUGACUGCCCCAGUCUACUGCCAUUGAAUGACCCGAAGGCUCUGGAGAGUGUGAAAACUGCCCUGCAGAAAUUCAACAAAGAAUCGAAUCACAAGUCUUACUUUAAACUGUUGGAAGUGGGAAGGAUCAGCACACAGUGGAUGUUUUCAGGUCAAGGCUUCUUUGUGCAGUUCGCCAUUACGGAGACAAACUGUCCGAAAAGGGUGGCAUACCGGAAACAAAAAGCAUGCAAGGCUUUGUGUGGAGUUAAAGCUCGGUAUGGGUUCUGUAAGUCCUCCAAGGUUGGAAAUGAAGAAUCAGAAGUGGAAUGUGAGAUUUACAAAGCUCAGAACAUAACUCAUCCAAUGAAACACCCUGCUCAGUCAAGAAAAGACUGUAAAUUCCAUGGCUUCCCACCCCCCCACUAUCCAGGACAUAACCUGCCUCACCCGGAACAUGCAAGCCAUGAGGACAAGGGCGGGGACAAAAGGCCUGACCGAGGGGGCCGUCCAGGACACUCAAGCCAUGAGGACAAGGGCAAGGACAAAAGGCCUGACCAAGAGGACCAUCCACAACACGCAAGCCAUGAAGACAAGGGCAGGGACAAAAGGCCUGACCGAGGGGGCCGUCCAGAACACGGAAGCCAUGAGGACAAGGGCAGAGACAAAAGGCCUGACCAAUUGGGCCGUCCAGAACGCGCAAGCCAUGAGGACAAGGGCAGGGACAAACGGCCUGACCGAGGGGGCCAUCCAGAACACGGAAGCCAUGAGGACAAGGGCAGAGACAAAAGGCCUGACAAAGUGGGACGUCCAGAGCAUGUAAGCCAUGAGGACAUGAGCAGGGACAAAAGGCCUGACCGAGGGGGCCGUCCAGAACACGGAAGCCAUGAGGACAAGGGCAGAGACAAAAGGCCUGACCAAUUGGGCCGUCCAGAACGCGCAAGCCAUGAGGACAAGGGCAGAGAGAAACGGCCUGACCAAUUGGGCCGUCCAGAACACACAAGCCACGAGGACAAGGGCAGGGAUAAACGGCCUGACAAAGGGGGCCGUCCAGAACACGCAAGCCAUGAGGAGAAGGACAGGGACAAAAGGCCUGACCAAGGGGGCCGUCCAGAACACGCAAGCCAUGAGGACAAGGGCAAGGACAAAAGGCCUGACCAAGGGAGCCGUCCAGAACACGCAAGCCAUGAGGACAAGGGCAGGGACAAAAGGCCUGACCGAGGGGGCCGCCCAGAACAAGCAAGCCAUGAAGACAAGGGCAGUGACAAAAGGCCUGAUGAAGUGGGCCGUCCAGAACACUCAAGCCAUGAGGACAAGGGCAGGGACAAACGGCCUGACCGAGGGGGCCAUCCAGAACACGGAAGACAUGAGGACAAGGGCAGGGACAAAAGGCCUGACCGAGGAGGCCGUCCAGAACAUGCAAGCCAUGAGGACAAGGGCAGGGACAAAAGGCCUGACCAAGGGGGCCGUCCAGAACAUGCAAGCCAUGAGGACAAGGGCAGGGACAAAAGGCCUGACCAAGGGGGCCGUCCAGAACAUGCAAGCCAUGAGGACAAGGGCAGGGACAAAAGGCCUGACCAAGGGGGCCGUCCAGAACAUGCAAGCCAUGAGGACAAGGGCAGGGACAAACGGCCUGACCAAGGGGGCCGUCUAGAACACGCAAGCCAUGAGGACAAGGGCAGGGACAAAAGGCCUGACCAAGGGGGCCGCCCAGAACACGCAAGCCAUGAGGACAAGGGUAGGGACAAAAGGCCUCCCCAAGAGGGCCGCGCAGAACACGCAAGCCAUGAGGACAAGGGCAGGGACAAAAGGCCUGACCAAGGGGGGCGUCCAGAACAUGCAAGCCAUGAGGACAAGGGCAGGGAGAAACGUCCUGACCGAGGGGGCCGCCCAGAACAAGUAAGCAAUGAGGACAAGGGCAGAGACAAAAGGCCUGACCAAGGGGGCCGUCCAGAACAUGCAAGCCAUGAGGAGAAGGGCAGAGACAAAAGGCCUGACCAAGGGGGCCAUCCAGAACACGCAAACCAUGAGAAGAAGGGCAGGGACAAAAGGCCUGACAAAGGGAGCCGUCCAGAACAUGCAAACAAUGAGGACAAGGGCAGAUGGUUGGGUGGUAGGGGGUGGGGCGACAAAAUGCCUGACCGAGGGGGCCAUUCAGAACACGCUAGCCAUGAGAACAAGGGCAGGGACAAAAGACCUGAUCGAGGGGGCCGUCCAGAACACGCAAGCCAUGAGGACAAGGGCAGGGACAAAAGGCCUGACCGAGGGGGCCGUCCAGAACACGCAAGCCAUGAUAACAAGGGCAGGGACAAAAGGCCUGAUCGAGGGGGCCAUCCGGAACACGCAAGCCAUGAAGACAAGGGCAGGGACAAAAGGCCUGACCGAGGGGGCCCUCCAGAUCAUGGAAGCCAUGAAGACAAGGGCAGGGACAAAAGACCUGAGGGCCGCCCUGAGUUCCCCUACCGUGGCUUUGUAAAAAUACCCACCUCUAUUUAUCCAAUCUGUCCCUUCCUUCCACCAUGUCUCUGCCAGGGCCCUUCAGACCAUGUACCCCCUCCUCCUCCUCCUACUCAGUAACUAACACUAAAAUCUGCUGAGGAACUCUUAACAUUCAAAACUGAACAACAUGAGAAUGUUCAGUCAAAUAAAUAUUCUUUACUGACCUGUGUGGUUGAGUG